AUAUUGGAACGUGGCCCGAGACGUCAACCGGAAGCAGCUCCUCUCUCUUUUCUCCUCCGCUCGCCAGCGAGCUAGAGUCUGUAUCGCAACAAGACAAACACGACUAGAAUGUUCUCUCUUAUUUGGUGCCGCUUGUUGGCAGCUAUCAAGUUGUACCUGCUUGGCUUGGAGGUCCUUGUCAUGCAGCUCCUCAGCACACGCUUCAGGUUGCCAGCGAUGCCCAGACAAGAUGGCAAGGUUGCCGUAGUGACGGGAGGAGACAGCGGAAUCGGCUAUGAGGUCGCCCGCCACAUGGCCAAGCUGGGGGCACACGUUUUCAUAGGUUCGAGGAAUGAGCAGCGGGGCCUGGCAGCCGUCAGAAGGAUCCAGAAAGAGUACAGUGAGGCUCAAGUGGACUUCCAGAAACUGGACCUGGCCUCUCUGCAGUCUGUCCGUCAGUUCGUCCAAAGCUUCAAGGAGCGCGACUUACCGCUCAAUAUUCUGCUCAAUAAUGCGGGGGUGAUGCUGGUUCCUGAGGGCCGCACAGAAGAUGGAUUUGAAGUGCACUUUAGUGUCAACUAUCUGGGCCACUUCCUGUUGACCUGGCUGCUUCUGGACAACUUGAAAAGCAGCGGCAAACCCGCCAGCGUCUCCCGCGUGGUCAACACCUCCUCCUCGGCACACCGCCUCGGCCAGAUCCGACUGGACGACUUGAACAGCGGCCAGUCCUACUCGGCCCACGGAGCUUAUUGUGACAGUAAGCUGGCCCAGAUCCUGUUCAGCGCCCACCUCCACCAGGAGCUGCAGCGGGGAGAUUUCCCGGUGACUUCCUGCGCUGUGGAUCCUGGCAUGGUGGACACUGCUCUCUACUGCCACCUGUGGACACCCCUCCGCCUGGCACAGGGUGCGGUGGCACGCCUGCUUUUCAAGACUCCUGCCGAGGGGGCCGCCACUGUCCUGUACGCCGCUCUGUCACCAGCACUGGAGGGCGAGCGCGGCGCAGGCUACUGGGCCAACGGGCGCCGGGAGAGGACCACGCCUCCGACCUCUGACCCUCGGACGCAGCGCCUCCUUUGGGAAACCAGCCACAGGUUUUUGACCCAGUAGCACCGACAGCCGUAUUUAUUCUGUUGUUGCAGUUUACUUUGACAAUCUCACAAUCCCCCCGCCCCCCGCCCUCCCACUCCCCCGCGGACCGGACAGGUUAAAGACGGACCUUUUUUUGCUUCAGUCUCGCCACACAAAAAAAAAAAAGGGCUAGACUGGAUGAAAUGUACUUUUUUCACUGUGAGCUCCAUGAAGGACUGACGAGGUUGAUGCCUUAACGUCCUGGGAGUAUGUGGACAAACUAUCUCCGACACUUCUGCAUCUUCUCAAUGCAAUCCUCAAGCACGCAGAGAUGAUGAUGUCAUCACCUCAGCGGUUCUUCCAUCAUCUCAACAUGUCGCCUACUUGACUGGCAGCACUUUCCAGUGCAGGGGUGUCCAAUUAUACUACUAGAAUAAUAAUGAUUAACACAAUGGAUAAAUAAUUGGAUAUUAAGAGGAUGUGAAAGUUCGACUCCGACCUUGUUUACUUCCGAGACCGCCUCCUUAAAGUUUUGUAAUCAAUCAGAAACAUGGAUAAGAGAUUUGUUUGCAUUUUCCCCCAUUUUUCCCAUUUCAAUGGGUGUCAUUUUGAAUUAUGUGUUGUGUUUGGACAUUUUUUAUAAUAGCCACAAAGGUUGUGUUAAGUGUAACCAUGCGUGUUGACUUUCUGUGUUGGUUUUUUUGCGCCACGGGUGGGGAAAGGUUGUUUGGAUUGGGUCGCAGGUAAAAAUGCUGUGCUGUGUACACUUCAAAGUGCAAUUGGUGGUCAUUACCCCGAUUAACUACAUUUAAAGGUUGUUUGAAUUUGGGUCGUAGGUAAAAAUGCUGUGCUGUGUACACUUCAAAAUGCCAUUUAUGGUCAUUAACCUGAUUAACUCAAUUUAAAAGUUGUUUGGAUUGGGUCAUAAGUAAAAAUGCUGUGCUGUGUACACUUCAAAGUGCAAUUGGUGGUCAUUACCCCGAUUAACUACAUUUAAAGGUUGUUUGAAUUUGGGUCGUAGGUAAAAAUGCUGUGCUGUGUACACUUCAAAGUGCAAUUUAUGUUAAUUAACCUGAUUAACUCAAUUUAAAAGUUGUUUGGAUUGGGUCAUAAGUAAAAAUUCUGUGCUGUGUACACUUCAAAAUGCCACUUAUGGUCAUUAACCCGGUUAACUAAUGUUAAAGGUUGUUUGGAUUGGGUCAUAGGUAAAAAUGGUGUGCUGUGUGCAUGUCAAAGUGCAAUUUAUGGUCAUUAACCCGCUUAACUAAUGUUAAAGGUUGUUUGGAUUGGGUCAUAAGUAAAAAUGCUGUGUUGUAUACACUCCAAAAUGCAAUUUAUGGUCUUUAACCUGAUUAACUAAAUUUAAAAGUUGUUUGGAUUGGGUCAUAAGUAAAAAUGCUGUGCUGUCUACCCUCCAAAAUGAAAUUUAUGGUCAUUAACCCGGUUAACUAAUGUUAAAGGUUGUUUGGAUUGGGUCAUAAGUAAAAAUGCUGUGUUGUGUACACUCCAAAAUGCAAUUUAUGGUCUUUAACCUGAUUAAGUAAUGUUAAAGGUUGUUUAGAUUGGGUUGUAUGUAAAAAUGCUGUGCUGUGUACACUUGAAAGUGCGAUUUAUGGUCAUUAACCCGAUUAACUAAUGUGGUUGUUUGGAUUGGGUCAUAAGUAAAAAUGCUGUGUUGUGUACACUUCAAAGUGCAAUUUAGGGUCAUUAACCCGAUUAACUAAUGUUAAAGGUUGUUUGGAUUGGGUCAUAGGUAAAAAUGCUGUGCUGUGUGCAUGUCAAAGUGCAAUUUAUGGUCAUUAACCCGAUUAACUAAUGUUAAAGGUUGUUUGGAUUGGGUCGUAUGUAAAAAAAUAAACUUUGGUGUGUACACUUCAAAGUGCAAUUUAUGGUCAUUAACCUGAUUAACUAAAUUUAAAAGUUGUUUGGAUUGGGUCAUAAGUAAAAAUGCUGUGCUGUCUACACUCCAAAAUGCAAUUUAUGGUCAUUAACCCGAUUAACUAAUGUCAAAGGUUGUUUGGAUUGGGUUGUAUGUAAAAACACUGUGCUGUGUACACUUCAAAAUGUAAUUUAUGAUCAUUAACUUGAUUAACUAAUGUUAAAGGUUGUUUGGAUUGGGUCAUAUGUAAAAAUGCUGUGCUGUGUACACUCCAAAAUGCAAUUUAUGGUCUUUAACCCGAUUAAGUAAUUUUAAAGGUUGUUUAGAUUGGGUCGUAUGUAAAAAUGCUGUGCUGUGUACACUUCAAAGUGCAAUUUAUGGUCAUUAACCCGAUUAACUAAUGUUAAAGGUGGUUUGGAUUGGGUCAUAAGUAAAAAUGCUGUGUUGUGUACACUCCAAAAUGCAAUUUAUGGUCUUUAACCCGAUUAAGUAAUGUUAAAAGUUGUUUGGAUUGGGUCGUAUGUAAAAAUGCUGUGCUGUGUACACUUGAAAGUGCAAUUUAUGGUCAUUAACCCGAUUAACUAAUGUUAGAGGUUGUUUGGAUUGGGUCGUAUGUCAAAUAAACUUUGGUGUGUACACUUCAAAGUAUAAUUUAUGGUCGUUAACCCGAUUAACUAAUGUUAAAGGUUGUUUGGAUUGGGCCAUAGGUAAAAAUGCUGUGCUCUGUGCACUUCAAAAUGCAAUUUAUGGUCAUUAACCCGAUUAUCUAAUGUUAAAGGUUGUUUGGAUUGGGUCAUAGGUAAAAAUGCUGUGCUGUGUGCACGUCAAAGUGCAAUUUAUGUUCAUUAACCUGAUUAACUAAUGUUAAAGGUUGUUUAGAUUGGGUCUUGUGUCAAAAUGAUGUGCUGUGUACACUUCAAAGUGCAAUUUAUGGUCAUUAACCUGUUGUCCAUAAGGUGGUUGGAAGCUUGCAACCAUGACACUGUCUGCUAUUUCAAAUGACGUGGGAAGCACUUUGAGGGCCACAUUCCUUAUCAACCUGGAGGGCCACAGUUUGGACACCCCUGUUUUAGUGCUUCAGUGUACCUCCUCUCUCUCUUCAUGUGUCAGACCUUCACACUGACUGCUCUACUGCUGUUUGAGCUGCAACUAAAUAUAGAAAGUAGGGUAUUUUGGGGGGAAUAAUCCCUCCCACUCCCUCCUCCUCUUUUGGAAAAGCGGUUUUGUUUUAGCGAUUUUCCAAAACCAGGAUUUUCUCUGAGGCGGAAAAAAAAAAAAAAAAAAAAGAACAAGGGGGUAAAACAAUGGCUGUCUACCUUCAUGACCGCUCUUAAUCCAGGCCAGCUCCAAAUCCACUCCACGGUCAUGUCUUGCACAACCAUGGCCACAUCUUACAAGUGGGAGUCCAGAAGUCAAGCAAACAUAAAAAGCACUUUUUUUUCUUUCAAUGAUCGAGCUGUGAUUGGUUCCCUGCUGCUCCCAAUGCAUUGUGGGUGUGAGAUUUCCCACUGGAGCUCCAUCUGCUGCACACACACACACACACACACACACACACACACACACACACACACACACACACACACACACACACACACACACACACACACACACACACACACACUUUCUUGUAUUUCUCGCCUUCUUGAGACCUCCGAAAAAUGCCUACCUCUUUAGGACCACCCAUUCUAGAUAUAUAAAGAUUUGUACUUACAACAUUAAUAAUAUAUACAUACUAUGCAAAUAUGAAAAAGGUAAGAUUUUAGUUAAUUUUAUUUAUUUGUAUUAAUUUUUUUAGGGUU